AUGAGCAGGUCUUCGGAAGGAAUGAAGGGUAAAAGUGGCAUUAGUGUUGCCGUGAAGGGUGGGGUGGAAACAGGAGAAGCGAAGGCGAGGUCGAUUCGUCUGGAAGAGGUUGCAUGCUUUCGGCGGAGAAUGGGCAUCAAGGUGAAGGGUGAAGAAGUUGCGGACCCCAUGGAGUCUUUCUCGGAGAUGCCAUCAGCGACCACUUCGGAGGACGCGGGGCAGACGAGGCGUGUUCUUUUGCACAACGUCGAAGAGUCCGCGUGGAAGGAACCCACGCCUGUGCAGAUGCAAGCAGUGCCCAUCCUUGUUGCCGGCCGGGACUUGCUAGCAGCGGCUCCAACGGGCUCAGGAAAAACAGCUGCCUUCGUAAUGCCUAUGAUACUCAGGCUGGGGGUGCAGCGCGCAGACCCUCAGGCGUCUGGUGUACGAGGCAUCUUGCUCGCCCCGACCCGCGAGCUUGCUGCGCAGAUACAUCGUGAUGUGGUUCGUCUCUCGCGCGGGCGAAGGUUACGCGUAUGUCUGUUGACGAAAGCGGGUGCAACCAAAGCCGCAGCUGCGACGGGCAUGGACAGCAGGAACGCGCUGUCUGGGUACGACAUCGUUGUGUCGACCCCGAUGCGUCUGGUGGCGCUUGUGCGUGAGAGGGCAGUGUGUUUGGCGAGCGUCGAAAUGGUGGUGCUGGACGAAGCUGAUAAGCUCUUUGACGCAGGGGCAGCGUCUGGUGGUAGUGACAAAGCUUUCAUCGGCCAGGUGGACGAGGUGCUGGCGGCCUGCUCUCAUCAACAAGUGCAGAGGGCGUUGUUCAGCGCAACCGUUGGGCAGCAGGUAAAGGAGCUCUCAGAAAGCGUCCUCCGCGACCCUAUAUUCCUUACGGUGGGCACUCAAAACGCUGGUGCGGCAGACAUCGACCAGCGCCUGGUGUAUGUAGGGAGGGAGGAAGGCAAACUGCUAGCGAUCCGGCAGCUGGUCCAAGAGGGACUGCGCCCUCCUGUCCUUGUGUUUCUGCAGUCCAAAGAUCGUGCCAAGGCACUGUUUCACGAGCUCGUGUACGACGGCAUCAACACGGACGUAAUGCACGCCAGUCGAACUCAGGACCAACGUGACAACAUCAUCCAACGCUUUAGGACCGGUGAAAUUUGGGUCCUCAUCUGCACGGACCUCGUUGCACGAGGCAUUGACUUCAAGGGGGUCAACAUGGUCAUCAACUACGAUUUCCCACAGAGCGCUGUCUCCUAUAUCCACCGCAUUGGGCGAACUGGCCGAGCCGGCCGCCAUGGCGUGGCUGUGACCCUCUUCACAGAGUCCGACAUGAACUCUCUCCGCAGCAUCGCCAACGUCAUACGCCUAAGUGGCUGUGAGAUGCACGCAUUGGGCGUGGCUUCCUUGCACGCACUGGGCGCGGCUUCCUUGCACAUUUCGAACGCGGCUUCGUUGCGCAUAUGCGAUGCGGCUUCCUUGCGCACUCCUGGUGCGGCUUUGCUGCGCACACUGGGUGCGGCUUCCGUGCACAUGCUUGAUGUGGCUUCCUUGCGCAUGCUUGAUGCGGCUUGA